GUCACGUGGGCACACAUCCCUAGUUACAAGAAAAGCGUCGCCAAGGAAAUGGACAGGAGCAAUGGCUCGGUUGGGCCCAGUCUGCAGCACCAGAGAUACUCGAUUUGAAGGAGGACCACGAUGGAGAUCGAGGGUCCCACUCCGUGAUGAGAUGCGUGUCCACUUGUGAUUUGUUCCGGGACCUCCCCCCGUCCUCAGCAUGGGGAAACUGCAGAGCAAAGGCAGGCGCAGCGCAUCCUUAUACAGGCAAGUGUCAAAAACCGAAGACCCCCACCCGGGGCCUGGCUUUGUGCAGUUUGGGCGUGCGCAUGAAGACACUGUCACCGCCAUCACUACUGUCAACUCUGACCUCUGUCUAUCGGGUGGCAGGGACAAGGCUGUUGUGGUGUAUGAUUGGCGAGCUGGCAGCGUAAAGCAGAGACUUCUAGGCCAUGAUCGUGAUGUCACGAAGGUGGCGUGUGUCUAUGGCUCCUCAAGACUGUUCAGCGCAUCCCGUGAUAAAAGAGCGCUGAUGUGGAAUCUGCAGGAUAGCAGCCGGCCAGCCCAGGAGUUUGUGGGCCAUGACCUCGUAGUGAACGGCCUGGCAGUCAGUCCAGAUGGGUCCUCACUCUGCACCGGCUCCCGGGACAAUUCUGUGUGUCUGUGGGACACGGAGACUGGAGGAUGUCUGAACAAGGCCACCAUAUCCCGAAAUCUGGUGACGCACCUCAGCUGGAUCCCCGGAAGCGCCUGCGUCGUUCAGACAUCUGAAGAUAAAAUAAUCCGGGUGUGGGACAGCCGAGGCCUGCAGGUGGUACAGACGCUCCCACCGAAGCAGUACAUCCAAGUCCACUGUGAUGCCAGUCAAGAUGGCCGCUACUGCCUGACCAGCAGCAAUGGCUUUGGUGGAGAAGGCUGUGAGGCCACGCUCUGGGACCUGAGGCAAACCAGCAAGAAGGUGUGCGAGUACCGGGGUCACCUGCAGAGCACAGCCUGUGGUCUCUUCCUGCCGACCUCCACCGCGGCGUCUCCUCUGGUCGCCACCUCAUCACACGACUGCUCUGUGAAGAUCUGGAAUCGGGACUCUGCAGCCUGCCUGGUCACCUUGUGCCUGGAUGGCGCCGGACCACUCUCCUCCAUCGCUGCCUGUGACACCACCAGUCUCCUGUGUGCCAGUUUCAACACCGGGAUCCACUUGCUGAAGCUGACCAGCUGCGGGGGUCUCGAGCUCAGAGAGGCAGCAAGAUUCUGAUUGGGCCUUCUGUAGGGGAUCCUCCACAACUCCUUGCCAGUGCUCAUGUGGCACCUUUUGGGCAAGUUUGGCUCAAACUCAGGUCUGUGAUGUUGUUGUCUGCUUUUUUGUUAUUUAACACUGGACUUUGGCACAAAUCAACCCUCAUGUCAUUUGUCACAUAUCCUAGUCAUCAGCAGUGACCCACUCCUUCUACUAGAGGCUUACCUUGGCUGGCACACUGGCUCAUUCUCUUUAGGGCACCCUAUUGACAGAGGAGGCUCAUGAGCUGGGCGGCACAUCGAUUUAAAUUUGAUUCUUAUGUACCUUAAUGGUGAAAGGCUCUCUUUAUAAAAUAAAGAUUCUAUUUAAUUUUGGUCCCAAAAUAUGCACUGGCAUCUUAACGGGCAGACGUGGUGAAGUGUCAUGAAGCCAUUCACAGACCGUGAGGUACAGUAAUACAAUCCAUGUGGGCACGACAGCAGCAUCCCAUGCCCACUUAUCAUCUACAUGAGGCUGGCAUCUUGUCCCUAUGUCUGCAUCCCCAUAGAUGUGCAGAUGAGCCAAACGGGUGACUCCCCAAGUGAAUGAGGAGGUGCAUGUGUGCCCUGUUUUGAACUUGCCACUAGGAUGCCCUCCUUCAUUUCAGAAUUUUAUGUUCUGCCCGUAUUGAAGCCCCCCACAGUCUAAUGUAUAUCAAUUAACCCUUAAUUAAAAAUAGUUGGGCUAUUUCAUGCCCUCUUUGGCCCAAAAUGAAAGAUUUAGCAGCUCAGAGCUUGGCACUGCCACAUGGCACCUUAAGGGUGCCAUUAUGACUUUGCCCAUUGUCGGGUGAAAUUGACCUUAGAUAGACUCAGAUGCCCCCCCCCCCCCCUUACUUGCUGAAGGCCAGCUUGAGGACCUAUGUGGCAUAAAGACAGUGGUGCCACCUUGUGAUGCAGCUGUAAGCCUUCUCUUAACUGUCAAUGCACUUUAUGGUGCUGGGUUUUAGCUUCUUCAUCUCAUGCCAGUUCUUUGACUCAAUAAGAUAAUCAACUUCUGUUUUUAUAUAGUGCCUUUCAUGGCAAGCAUCAACGUAAGGCACUUAGGAAUUCUCCAGUGUCACAAAAUGCCCCUGGCGCUGCAUGUGACUCUUUGUGAACUCUGUGUGCAGCAUUUUAUGUUGUACCACUCAGGGGCGUGCAGGUGCUACUCUGACAUUAUCAACCAGAUGUGACACAGUGAAUGACAUUUUUGAAGGUUGUGUUUCAAGUGGAAGGAAAGUGUAAACGGCAAGGAUCACCACAUGAGCGCCCUCUGCAGUCAGAGACAGGCCACUGUAAGAAAUGCCGCCAUUGUGCCAAUGGAAUCUGAUUAAGAGCCUGCUUAGAAUGAAUGGAUUCCCAGCCUUCAGAGUGGCAAGGAGGGUGGAUCAGUGUGGCACCUUAACACAGGGUCAUGUCACCGUUAAUUCAAGUUCAGGUUACGGGUUAGGAUGGUGCCAGUCUAGUAAUGCAGUAAGGGGUGCCCCCUAGUGUCGUAUGUGUUGGUCUAUUGCCCCCCCCCAUCCACAUUCACUUGUUAAUUCUGCUUUGUAGAGAAUGAAAACAAAUCUGUAAAACACUGAAUUUAAUUUAUUGACUGAUUUCAUAAUAAAAUGACAUGUGACUGCCA